CUUAUUAACCUUAAUACUUCCUUACUUUUCAGGCUUUCCAAAUAACACCAACAUACCACACAUCAGAAGUUUUGCCUUUCGUAGUUCUUCCAGUCUGGAGGCUGAUCUUAUUCCUGUUGAUGGUGAUACUGAAAAUGACUUGGAAGUUGGAUCAGGAGCCGCCAAUCAGUCUGCAUCGUUCCUACAUGAACAAGGAAUGAUAUCAGUUCAAACAGCAAGAUACCUCACUAGUCCGUGGCUGACUCGUUUUGUUCCUUCAGUUUACACCCUAGUGCUUGUGCUGAGUCUCCCUCUGAACAUUACAGCGAUACUCGUGUUUCUUAAAAAGAUGAAAAUUGAAAAGCCAGCUGUAAUAUACAUGUUGAAUUUGGCCCUUGCAGAUGUUCUCUUUGUAAGUGUGCUUCCAUUUAAGAUUGUUUAUCACUUUUCAGGAAAUGACUGGGUUUUUGGGCCUCUAAUGUGCCGUUUCAUCACUGCUGCCUUCUUCUGCAACAUGUACUGCUCAAUAAUGCUUAUGACAAGCAUAAGCUUCGAUCGCUUCUUAGCAGUGGUGUACCCCAUGCAGUCACUGGGGUGGCGUACACUAACUCGUGCCUCUCUGGUUUGUUUCAUCAUAUGGCUUGUAGCAAUAGCUGGGGUUAUACCUUUUCUCCUACGAGAGCAAACAAUGGAAAUACCCAGGUUAAAUAUAACUACGUGCCAUGAUGUGCUGAGAGAAUCUGAACUUCACGGCUAUUACCUCCACUUCUUCUCUGUCUUCUCUUCUGUGUUUUUCAUAGUACCAUUUAUAAUUUCUACUGUCUGUUAUGUGAGUAUCAUUCGUUGUCUUAGUUCUUCCACCAUUGUUGCAAAGCAAAACAAGAAGACACGUGCCUUGCUUUUGUGUGUGACUGUCUUUUCUGUUUUCGUUAUUUGCUUUGGACCAACAAAUGUUCUCCUUUUAAUUCAUUAUAUCCAUUUUUCAUAUGACAACAGCUUAGAGUAUCUUUACUUUGCCUAUCUACUCUGUGUUUCUAUCAGCAGCAUUAGCUGCUGCAUUGACCCCUUUAUUUACUACUAUGCUUCUUCUCAGUAUCAGCGACAACUUUUCAGUCUCUUCAAUUGUGAAAAGACUUUUGAUCCCAACAGUAGUAACAGCAGUGGCCAGUUGAUGUCUACCACUAGUACCAGAAGGGCUACGUUGACAACUAAUGUGAAUAACAGUGUCUACAGGAAAUUGCUAGCAAUGCAUUGAGAUAACUUGUCUUAUAAUUGCUUAAUUUUUACACAGACAAAAAGAAGACUGUUCUGUCUUAAACCAAGUUGUUGUAUGAUAUAUAACUUUAUGAAUCCAAUAUAGCAAUACACAAUUCAAGUUAAAACUCUGUAUGUGUGUAUGCAUAGAUAUAUAUAUAUAUAAAGAUGUAUAGUAUAUGUAAAUAAGUUAAUGUAGGGGGAAAAUAAUUUCUUAAUAAUAGCUGUUGAGUGUUUUCUGAAUAAACCUUUUUUCAGAUAAAUCCUUUGCAUUGUUCAGUUUAUUGUAGAAAUUCCAGUUUAGUAUUUUGAACUGUACCUAUCAGGUUGAAUAAAUUAUUGUAUAUGGAA